GCAAACGGUAAUCGGUCGGUAAAUAAAUAAAGUGAAUUUUUCUUUACACAUUUCAAGGAGUUGAAAGUGAAAACUCUGUGUUGCACGUGUAAAUACAAUUCGGCGUAAAUUUAAAUAAAUGCAAAUAUUAAACAUUGAAUUUUUGCUUGCUACAGUGGCGUGUAAAAUAAAAAUAUAAAAGUGUUGUGAACACACGAGCUAAACUAUUUGUGCCGUUGUUGGUGUUCGGCAAAUAAAUGUAGCGGCAUAUAUUCGCUGCUGAAGUUUAGUUAAAUUUCGUUAGCAGCAAUAUACAUUAAUUUAAAAUUAAAAAAAUAAAAUUAAAAAAUUAAACUAUAAUAAGUGUCCGCUCACUAAAUAGCAAAAGAAGUUGUACGAAAAUUUUUUCGUGAAGUGUCGCACUUGCUUAGAAGUGCCAGCGCAAAGGGGCGUCAAGUCAUUCGCGUCGCUGCGCUUCAACGAUUCCUUCGCAGUCGUAGUGCGCUUGUGUGGGCGUCGUGCAUGUUGAUACGCGUGCAUGCGUGCGGCGCUUUGUAUUUUCGCGCAUUUUCUCCUUUGCCAAACUGUUGAUUGUGAUUUGUCAUGAUUUUGUAUGUACAUUCGCGUCGCGUUUGAUACACUGGGAGGUGUGUUAGAAAAUUUCGUGUGUCACUGCUGUUAUUAUUUUCAAUUUAAACUCGGCCUAUUUGAGAUUUUGGUGGCUCGUUGGCAUUUCGCUUAUUUUUGCUUGAAUAAAGUGUGCUUUUUUACAACAAUAAAUGCGCAAGUCAUUCGGCGAAUUAAGUGAAUAAAGUAAAGUGAUAACAAAAGACGUAAGGAUUUCUAAUAUUUUAUGUGUGGAUCUCAGCAAAGGUGCGCGGCAUGACUGCUUGAAUAAAUGCUAAAAUGUUGAACCACAAAUGCGUCAGCCAAUUAUGUUAAACGCCAAUUUGAAGGCAGCGCGAAGAAACGCCCGCCACUGUUGAAGAGCGCAAAGGAAUUCGCGCCACGCAAGCGGAAAAAGGCAACGCAUACCAAUUAAAAUAUCAUUUAAUGAAAAACCAACAGAGCGCCAGCAUUUCAAGUAAACAAAUGCAAUGCAUACGCAAUAAGAGCUGACUAUUCAAGUGGCGGAAAAAAGUUAAUCGAGUGAUUGCAUCGGUCAGUAAUUAGCAAUGGUGCGCACAAACACACACACACACACAGGCACAUGCGCGCAUCAUUAUGUAAUAUGCAUAUAGAAUAAAUGUAUAAAACAUGAGAAAUGCGCAUAAAACCAAUUUGUUUGUGGCAAAUGUGAAAUAUUGAAAUGAAAAUAAAAUCAAACGCUCAACUGCAUAUGUGAGUGUGCCAGUGUGUGUAUGUACAAAAACAAAGUGGCAGUCACGUUGAAAUAAAUAAAAGCCAUUAAAAAAUUAUUAACAAAGUAAUUAAAAAGAGCACAGCUUGCGCGCGCGUGUGUCGGUAUAAUUGCGGCGGCCAUUUUGCCAUAAUUUAAUUAAAUACAAAUAAGGUGGCAACUCGAAAUUGUUUAUAAAGAGCAGCCGUAGCAGCAGCAGCUGGAGUCACAAAGCGCGACAACGCUUUGUAUUGCUGCUUGCAACAGAAUUUUGUCAACAAACCGACGGUCAGGCACAUAGACACACACACAUACAAGGGCGCGCUUGUGUCCAACUAUGAAACCGUAUCCGACCACAAUGUCAACGCGCCGCCUGGGAUGUGCGCGCCAAAUGACAUGCGCCGCCGCGCUGCUACUGUGUCGCGCGCUUGUAAUUAUCGCGCUCAGCGAGCGGCUGCUGGCGGUCGGCGCGGGCAGCGGCGGCGGUAGUGGCGGCAGCGGAGGCGCCGGCGGCAGCAUCGGCAAUAAUGUUGACUCCGAAGAUCCCGAAUUUACGGAUGUCAUUGAUAAUAUAACAGUGCCGGCGGGCCGAAAUGUCAAAUUGGCGUGUUCUGUUAAGAAUUUGGGCUCAUACAAGGUGGCGUGGAUGCAUUUCGAACAAUCGGCCAUAUUGACCGUUCACAAUCACGUGAUCACGCGUAAUCCCCGCAUUAGUGUCACACAUGACAAGCAUGACAAACACCGAACAUGGUUCCUGCAUAUCAAUAACAUACAGGAGGAGGACAAGGGCCGCUAUAUGUGUCAAAUAAACACGGUGACGGCGAAGACACAAUACGGAUUUGUCAAAGUUGUUGUACCGCCGAACAUCGACGAUGCACUCACCUCCAGUGACGUCAUUGUGCGCGAAGGUGACAAUGUGACGCUGCGCUGCAAGGCGAAAGGUAGCCCGGAGCCAUCAAUUAGAUGGAGACGAGAUGACGGCAAUAAAAUUGUGAUCAACAAAACGAUGGAAGUUCUCGAAGUGGAUGGCGAAGCUUUGGAGCUGGAGCGCAUCUCCCGUCUGCACAUGGGCGCUUAUUUAUGCAUCGCCACCAACGGUGUGCCGCCCAGUGUCUCCAAGCGCAUUAAAGUCAGCGUUGAUUUUUCACCAAUGGUUUGGAUACCCCAUCAGCUGGUUGGCAUACCCAUGUACUUUAAUGUCACGCUGGAGUGUUUCAUCGAAGCAAAUCCCACUUCGUUGAAUUACUGGACCCGUGAGAACGAUCAGAUGAUUACAGAGUCCGCAAAGUACAAAACUGAAACACUGCCGGGGAACCCCUCUUACAAGGCAACCAUGCGUCUCACCAUAACAAAUAUACAGAAGAGCGAUUAUGGCAGCUACAAAUGUGUGGCGAAAAAUCCACGCGGUGAAAUGGAUGGCACCAUAAAGCUUUACAUGUCCAGUCCGCCAACAACGCUGCCACCGCCGACCACAACCACAACACGUCGCACCACAAUAGCGCCAGCCUGGGACAGUUUCAGCACGCCAAUUUAUGGCAUGAUGCCAACCAAUUCGGUGAUUGUCAUCGAUAAAAUGGGCACAAAGUACCAAUCAAAUCUGAAUGAGAUUGGUAAAUCCGAACAAAAGCUAACCGGUGAGAAUCCAAAAGGCUAUGACUGGUCAAAGGAUAAAAGUGCGGCAGCAAGAAUGCAAUUGUGGCUGCCACAUGCUGCAUGUGGCAACAGCAAUAAGCUAACGUACGCACAACGAAUAUGUUGCAAUUAUGCAAUGCUAAUUGCAUUGCUCGGCAUGCUGCUGACGACGUGGCUGCAGACGGCAAUGAUCGGAACAACAAUAAUAAUGACAGCAACAAAAACAACUGCAAAAGAAGCCGUAGUGGCUGCCAUUGUAGACGCAGCAAGUGCAACUGCUGCCGACAGUGCAACGAACAGGAAAGCUGUAAGCGCAUCAACAACAGCAAUAGCAGCGGAAACAGCUACAACAACAGCAACUGCAACACCAGCAACAGUGGUAUUAAGUGCAGAAGCUUGCAAAACAAUACGAAAAGAGUUCACCACAAAUGAGCACACACCACUACACAUGCACAAUGAAACGCGUAGCAUAGGCGUAGCAUAUAAGCAGGCGUAAGAGCUCAUUCUUCAAUUGCAUGUGGCGAAAAAUCAAAUUUCUGUAUCAACACUAGCAAACCAAUAAACAAAUGUACUAACAGCACACACACAUACACACGCAUACACUCAUUACCCCAUUAUAUAACAGUUUUUCUUAUAAAUUUCGCUAUUUAUUGGCGCUUUUGCAUGCUUGAAACUCAAAAGAAAUGUGAAAAUCUCUUGUGUUGAGUAAGUAAAAAACUAAUUUCUGUUUUUUUCAAUUAUUUCCAAAUUUCCAUUUUUUUUAUAUUAAGUAUUUCCAAAUGUUUGCCUUUAUUGUAUGAUUUUAGCAAGCAAAUUUUCACUUUUACGGUAUCUCUUUCAUUGUUUUAUUGCAGUCUUUCACAAUUUUCUUAUUGUUUCCUCUCACUUUUAUGCCUUGCGUCACCAAACAAUCUAAAAUUAUCCACUUACUAUCAAUUCUAUUUUCAAUUUUUUUCCUCUUUCAUCAUUUCUCUUAUUUUGACUCCUUAACUCUUGCUAACCCACAAUACAACCAAAAACUUAGCAGUCUAUCAUAGUAAGACACCACUCACAGCUACAACUUUCAAUGCCAAAAGACAAAUGUGCCAAUUGUUUCAUAUAACAAAAACAACAACAUAAACGAAUUAUGCUAAAAAGGAAUGUGUAAAUAUUACAAGUACGAUGAUAUUGGAUAUAUGUUUAUGUAAUAUACUAAACCCUAAAAUCAAUAUAUACUAACAAAUACAUAAACAAAUAAAUAAGGAAAUAAUUGAAUAAAUAAAUAUGUAAAGCAAAAAGCAUGAAGCAAAAAUGUAAAAAAAUACAGUUGAAUACGCAUUAAUGCACACGCAUGCAUUUAGAAAACUUAGUUUAAGCAACAACCGAAGCACUGCAGCAAAAACAAUGCUUGAAGGUAGCUCAUAGACAUUAAUAAAACAACAAAAAUUAAAGAUCAAAGUAAAGUGUGUGUUAGACUUUGGUUUUCUUCUGUAUUUUGAAAAAAAUUUCACAAUUAAGUAAAAGAAACUUAAUUAAUUUCUAUUCUAGUUUAGAACCAAAAACUUCUCAACGGGCACACCUAGCCUGACAGCCUAAAAACAGAUUGCUUAAAAUAAAAAAAACUCCGAUUCUAAUUAUUUUUGAGAGUACAAAACGAUGAUUGCCUUUCUGUUUCAGCAUUAAAAAAACAAAUAUUAUUAUUUUCGAAAUAACUUUUUUUUGAAUAUUGGGUAGUCGAAAAAGUCUUUUCGUAUUUUGUCAAUAGACGUUGCAGUCGUAUAUAUACAGUGUUACCGAUUCAUUGUGUCAUACCAUAUAGUGUUGGAAAGAUGAGAUUUUAAGCUUCAUUCAACCAAAAAAAUUUGAUUAAAUUCGGAUAAGAUGCAAAAAAUUUAGAGCUGUUCAAAAAUGAGUGAAAAUAAUGAAGAAAUUCGCUAUAAAUUGAAAUUUUUUUAUAAAAAAUGGAAGAAUGCCACCCAAGCCACCAAUGAAAUUUGUGAAGUUUACGGAGACGAUGCUGUAUCAGUUCGUGUAACACAAGAAUGGUUAACUUGCAUCCGCUCUAGAGAUUUCGAUUUGAAAGAUGCAAAAAAGAUUGAAAAAGUCGAUGAAAUUAUGAAAAAGAUUGACCAGGACUAUCACAUAAGCAGCCAUGACAUCGCUAAGUUACUUAACAUUCAUCAUCUAACGGUUCAGAACCAUUUAAAAGAGGCUGGCUACAAAAGGCAUAAAGCUCGAUGUUUGGGCACCACAUGAAUUUUUGGAAAAAAUUUAAUGGACCGAAUUAACAGCUGCGAUUCUUUGCUGAAACGAAAUGAAAUCGAUCAUUUUUGAAGCGAAUGAUAACAGGAGAGGGAGAGUGGAUCAAAUACGACAAUAAUGUGGGAAAAAGAUCAUGGUCCAAGUGUGAUGAAGCUAAACAAAUGGUUGCAAAGCCAGGGCUGACGCCUCCAAAGGUUACACUGAGUGUUUGGUGGGAUUGGAAAUGAAUCAUCCACUAUGAGCUACUCCAGUAGGGUCGAAGGAUUGAUUCUACAUUUUACCGUCAACAACUGAUGAGAUUGAAGCAAGCAGUCAAAAAAAACGGCCAGAACUGAUCAACAGAAAUGGCUUCGUCUUCCAUCAGAACAACAAUAGACCACACACUUCUUUGAUGACUCGGUAAAAACUGGGAGAACUGGGCUGUGAAGUUUUGAUGCAUUCACCAUAUAGCUCUGACCUUGCACCAUCGGACUACCAUUUGUUUCGUCCAAUGCAGAACUCCCUUAAUGGAGUAAGUAGAUGCCUGUGAAAAUUACUUCUCGCAGUUUUUCGCCGAGAAACCAGGAAAGUUUUACACUGAUUAAUUAAUAUCUCUAACGAAAAGAUAGGGAAAAGUAGUCGACGAAAAUGGUACAUAUUUGGUUCAUUAAAGUUCAUUAUAAAUAUAAAAAACGACUUUUUCGACUACCCAAUAUUAUCGAAAAUCACUUUUUUUAAUUUUAAGAUCCAAACACUUUUGCGUGCCAAAUGUCAAAACACUUUUGCCACUCUGAUUGAGGUAUAUCCGAAACAUGUCGAAAAACGUUGACGUCUGAGUUAAUUUUAACGUACGGGAAUAAAAGGAAGUCAUUUCACACCAGUCAAGAUAUCGUAGACAUCUUUUGAAGCACCGCCGUCGUAUUUUUUUUAGUAUUUCUCUCGAUAAAUCAACACGAGCCCUUAUCGAUCGAUUAACAACUGUUUGGGAUCCAACGUGAAUUUUUUGUUUUGUAGUCAAAUAUUAGUGUAAUUUUGAAUGGAUAUUGGCGUUCACGCAGUAAGGCUGGGAAUGUUACCAGACGCCAUAUGCAGAAGCUAUAGUCUAUGGAAGAAGUUGAGGUGGAAACAAGUCAAGACUGAAGUACUUGGGAGCGCAUACUUACAAACAUCCUUCUGAGCUGGCGGGAAAGAAAAUUAAACGCUUGUGCAACUUUGUAUUGGCUACUAAGCGUUUUACUAAUUUAUAAGUUCGAACACAGUUUCCAUUGCCUGGUUAGGCGUGCAAUAUGAUGAUUAAUUUUGUAUUUAGGGCUGGUAGUCAAUUGCAAUAAUUGCUUUCUUAUGACGGAUACUUUCAGCAGUAAUCUUAUUGAAAUAUUGAUAUUAUGAUUGGUGUGUAUACCGCUGACUUCCUUUUCGAGUGGACUUAAAGUUACUGGGCUGAAGAGCCCAUCAUUUUCAAAAAUUCGUUUGGCAUCUUUACCACUUUCUUUCAAUUAUCAUUCUUUGACAUUUGGACUCACUCACUUUCCGAUUUCUUGCCGCUGCAUUAUAUGGUUAUAUAUUGGUUAUUAUAUCAGAAAGCGAUUUUCGAUUUUUUUUUUUUGAUGAUACGCUGUUUUGCAUUUUAGGUGACGGUAUAGUUUUGCAUACAACAACUAUUAAUGCUUUUUAAACGUACGAAGCCUUGAGCAACGCUUCAUGCAUGGUUGUGUGUCUGAAGACAACAGGCUGCUUUUUGCAUAUACAUAUAAAACAGGAAAUAUAAAUUAGUCUUAAAAACAAAAACAAUAUAGUCUUAAAAAUAUAAAAAUACAAUGAAAUGGAAAUUAAAAAUUAUUGAUAAAACAAACUAAUAUAUGAAAAUAAAAAGUUGUAGGUGAAAUUGUUAAAAAAUUGCAAUUAAAAGAAAAAAAUAAUGCAAAAAAAUAAUAAUAAAGAUUAAAAGUAAAAAAAAAAAAAAAUUAAAAUAACAUAAGCUAUUAUAAUAGUAAAAAAUGCAAAAAAACAUAAAUAAUAGAGAUGAAAAAUUAAAAAAAAAUAAGAUAAGCUAUUAUAGUAAUAAAAAAAAUUUUAAAAAAAUAUUAAAAAAUUAAAAUUAAUAAAAAAUUUAAAAAAUAUAUUAAAAAUAGCUACAAAAAAUUAAAAAAUGCCAAAAAAAUAUUAAAAAUAUUAAAAAAAAUAAAAAUUAUAAAAAUUAAAAAAGAAAUAAUAAUAAUCAAACUGCAUGAAAUGAAAUAACCAAUUAAUACCUGCAAGCUAAUUGAAACUAACAUAAAUCUGCAUAUAUGAGACUAAGUGAACUGGGCAUGCGCAAACUCGGUUAACAAUCUCUUGCAUAUACAUACAUACAUAUAAAUUGCCAAGAGUACUAUUGCAUACAUAGUAAUAUAAUAAAUAGCGGUUACUAAGCGUUAAACAAAAAAUAAAUUUGUUUGUGGCAAUUAGAGUAGUAAGCUAUUGCUAGUAAGUACACACACACAUAAGUACAUAUAUGGGUGCCAAUUGAUUGAGCAUACAAAAUAGAGACGCUUAUAAGAACAGAUCACAUAGACGCAUACAUACAAGUACAUGCAUAUGUAUAAAUAUAUGAAAAAAAUGCAUGAAUUAUUAAAAAUAAAUAAAUAAUUAUAAACAAAUGAAAUUUGAAAUAAAAACUCAAAAAACGAAUGAACAAUG